UUGGGGUCUGGAGAUAUGAGGUGUGUAAAAAUGAACAGAAAUUAUAAUAUUUGGCAUUUUGAAUGGGGUUUUAGGGGUUGUGGGAAAAAGAUUUGUUCUUGAAGGAAUCAAAAACUCAGUUUUUAAACAUAAAUAUUAGAAAUAGUGUAUAAAUUAAUGCACUUUUUCAAAGAAUGAGCCAGAUAUGCCCGGUAGGAAUGACUUCAGUGAUUGCUCCACAGUUUAGUAAUAAAAGGCAUUAAAAAAAUUAAGAAUUGGUAAAGCUGAUAGAAUCUAAUAAAUUUUCUGAAAUUUUGUUAAGAAUAAGAAGACAAAUUGACCAGACCUUAAACUAAUAAUGAAACUAAUUACAAUCAUUACAAGAUUUUUACAAAUUUGUAAAUGAAUCAUUUCUAGCAGUUAACUUCGAAAGAUAAUCUAGGCUGGGAGACAGGUGUGAAUGCCAAAUUGUAAAAAAUAUGAUUUUGAUUUUGAAAGGUUUAAGCUGAGUGAGAACCUUCAUUAUUCUAUCAAAUCAAUAGUCUUAGUCAAAAGAUCAACUGAUUUAUCAAAAGCCUAUCACUGACAAAUUUGAAAGCAUCUCCCUAUACUUUAAAUAUCACUGUCCCAAAUAGCAUCGAAAGAGUCAAAGAAUAUGUCUCCGAACUUGGCUUUCAAAAUAAAAAAAUUCAAACCUCUAUUAUUAAUCAAUAUU